AUGCGGGCGCCGUGCGCUCCGGAGCUGCCACCCCGCGAGGCGCCGGCGGCGCAGCCGGGGGAGAGCAGGGGAAGGCAGCGGAGGCGCGGUGGACUGGGGAACGGCGAGGGAGCCCCUAACAAAGCAGCUUUGGGAGGGCCGAGCGCCUCCGCCUCCUCCGGCUAUAGGUCGGCGAAGCUGCCUGUCACUCUGCAUAGGUGGAGGUGACCAAUGACGUACAGCGAAGGAGCUCGAGUUGGCGCGCGCGCGCGGCUCGGCAUCAGUGGGAUUGGUCGGAGGUAA